AUGGCCCCAACGACUUCGCAGGGGAACGGGCAAGACCCAAGGUAUACUCCAGCGGCACAUGCGCUCACCGACCUACCGGUGAGUAAUGCCGGCCGUGUUCCAAAUGGAACUGGGGUCCACAGAGGGCCAGAAAGGCUACCACCACAACAGGGAGGUCCUGCGAGCGAUGCUGUGGGAGCGCCAGCAGGAGCGCGACAACCGGGGACGCAACAACCGGGGACGCAACAACCGGGGACGCAACAACCGGGGACGCAACAACCGGGGACGCAACAACCGGGAGGGCCAGGGGGCUGGCAAAGGCUUCUACUGCAAGAGCUAAGACAAACACCACCACUCAGAAUCCUCGCGAUUGGGCUAGCACUAAGCUGUGCUAUUUGGGGUAGUAUGUUGUACCAGAUAUAUGAUAUCGAUGACUAUUCCCGCCACAAUGCGGUAUAUGAAGGUGUCAGCUGGGUUCUCAUCUUCACGGGCACGUUGCUCCUCUUGACGCUGCCCGUCUUUUGGCCGGUUGGUGGCUGGUGGCAGAGGCGUAGAGACUGGAUGGGCAAGAUUGUGAUAAAUCCAGCGAGCCGCUACGUCAUUGCUCUUUUGAACGUCCUUUUCUGCUUUCUCUUCAUGGUCCUCUAUUUCCGAAUCAGCGCAGUGCACCAAUACGACAACACAAAGUGGGAGUUCGAUGUGGGCUACAAUGAGACACUACACCUUCCAUCAUUCGCAUUCGCCGCAGGGGAUUACAACGAUGCAGCUCUUGCUAAAGUACUGGCCCAUCAGCCAAGAUGCGACUUUCCGCGCUACAAGGAUGAGACUUGCCCACAACCUGCAUUUAACACCACGAACCAGAACCUUGACAUAGCUUCUCUCGCCUUUGGUAAUUUGACAGCCUACGUAUUCGACCCACGACAGCUGCUAGAGGCCAGCUCGACUGUCAACGACAUUUCCGAUCGCUUACGCCUGCAGAUCGACGUCAACUGUGACUCGGAGGUUGAGCACGGGUAUACCAACACCUUCCUACUUAGCCCGUACAUCUUCGUCGCCGUCUACGACCCACGCAUAGACCUGUCAAAGGCGGUCUCCUGCGGCUUGGUCACUUUUGCGAGAGUCCCAGCAUUGGCCUCGAAUUUGUUUACGCUCUCGGCCUCAAUGAUAUCCGACCCUCGGAAGUAUGUUUCUUCUGCUGUUGACGACGACGAUUGCCACCGAUUCUAUGUGGACACGCUGUCUAUGAAGCAUCCACCGUAUACGUCUUACUCGUUCGGUCUCGGGUCGACAAUGAUAUCGGAUCAAACUUACUGUGACAGAUACGCCUAUCCGAACAACGCCACAUGCAUGACCGAGGCAAUCUUGCGAUACGACACUAAGAUUGUGACAAGCAUGAAAACUCAACCUGGACUUAGUCGGACCACGAUUCUGCUCAAUGAAGGCGCUGUGGUUGGCGCAGUACAAUUCUUCAUGUUUUUCAUCGGUAUGCUUACGCUGUAG